AUGGAGAAUCAGAUAAGCCAAUUGGCCAACCAAUUUAGCCAAGCCCUAAAGACUCCAGGAACCUUCCCGGGCCAGACUGAACAAUCUCAAAAAGGCCAAAUGAAUGUCGUCACCCUGAGGAGUGGAAAGCAAUUGGAAGAGCCUCCUACCAAGGAGCCAUCAAGGGAGGUCAUUGAAGAAGCAGAGGCAAAUUUCAUAUCUGAGAUACCUUCUUAUGCAAAAUUUUUAAAAGAUAUGUUAUCUAACAAGAGGAAAUUAGAAGAGAAUACUACUGUUGCUUUGAAUGCAGAGUGUAGUGCUAUUUUGCAGAACACUCUCCCUAAGAAAUUAGGAGAUCCAGGUAGCUAUUCAAUUCCAGUGAAGCUUGGAGAUAUUAAGAUCAAUAGGGUACUAUGCGAUCUAGACAGGUCAGUGAAGUUUCCUUUAGGUGUACUUGAGGAUAUACCCCUCAGAGUAGGUAAGUUUUUCAUUCCAUGUGAUUUUGUUGUGAUGGAGAUGGAAGAAGAUGUGAAUAUUCCGAUCAUACUUGGUAGACCUUUCCUAGCUACUGCAGGUGCAAUCAUAGACAUAAAGAAAGGUAAGAUCACUUUUGAAGUAGGUGAUGAAAAGUUGGAAUACUCACUUUUGAAUGUCAUGGGUGCCCCCUCUACGGGAGACACUAUUUAUCAGAUAAGCCAACUUUCGCAACAAGUGAACCGCCUAUCGACUCUUCAAGAUCAAGCGAAGGUUCAGAAAGAACAAUGCAAUGUUAUCUUCCUGAGAAAAUAUGAACUAUUCCCGAAGAAAAUUGUUGAGAAGGUGUGCAUCAAGGAGCCUAGAAAGGACGUAAAGAGCAAGGAUGUUCAAGGCUCCACAUAUGUAGCUCCACCGGCCAAUGAUGAACCGAUGCCUUUCUCGCAACGGAAUUUCGUGAAAGGAAAGGAUAAAGUUCCACCCGAUGGCAUGUUUGGCUAUAUGAAGGUGAAUUCGAUUAUAAGGCAAGUGAAUAAGCCGAUGAAAGAGUCGCUUGGAGGAAUUCAUGAACCACAUCGCGGUCCUCCUCCUCCGUGUAAUGAUCCCGGUUGA